CGCGAUGGGGCAGGACUUGCAGUGGUUCCUCGUGGCGGUCACUGUUGCUUCUCUCUCUUCUCACUUUGCUGAAGUCUCCGGAGCGCGGAGUCCGGAGCAGGGUGACUGGACAGAGAAGGUGCGAGAGGCAGGUCUCGGAGUCUGCGACGCCGCCGCGGGUGGCCCGGCUCGGCCUGGGGUAGGGACCGCUGUGUCCGGUCCGCGCUCCGCCCUCAGAGUCCGAUGGCGGCAGCCGCACUGAGGGACCCGGCUCAGAGCUGUGCGACCUUUGAGGUUUUGGCUGUGGAGAUGCAGCUGUGUAGAAGAGGUGUGGUUCAGAGUGAUGUGCACAAGAAGAGGGAGUGUGUACUGUCGGCCCCAUGGGUGAAGAUGGGUGAAGGGGUAUGACCUUUGAGGAUGUGGCAGUCUGUUUCUCCCAGGAAGAGUGGAUGCUCCUUGAUGAGGCUCAGAGGCUCCUGUACUGCGAUGUCAUGCUGGAGAACUUUGCACUUAUAGCAUCCCUGGGUUAUUGCCAUGGAACAGAGAAUAAGGCAGUAACUUCUGAGCAGACUGUAUCUGUAGAUGGAAUGUCAGAGGUCAGGACUUCUGAGGCGGGUCCAUCUACCCAGAAGACUCAACUCAGUGAGAUGUGUGUCCCAGUCUCAAAAGACAUCUUAUACCAGGCUGAGCAGGAAACCACACAUCUUGUGCAAAAAUUAUACCUGGAUGGCCCAAGUGUGAGGGGCUUCUGUUUGUGUGCAAACCUUCAACAACACCAAAAGCAUUAUAGUGGAGAAGAGACCUGGAAAAGGGAGAUGGAUAGGGCCAUGUUUGUGACAAGCUCCAGAGUCCAUGUGUGGACACAUCCUUUCACUUGUGACUUUGCAGCCACCAUAGGCCCUCUCCAGGACCAGGUUACUCCCAACAGUGAGGAGCCAUACAAUAGCAGCAGGAAGUGUGUGCAAACAUUUUUCAGCACCGAAAGUUAUUACCAGUGGGAUGAAUGCACAAAAGCCUCAGGCCACAAACACACACUUAUUCAACAUCAAAGUAUCUGCUCUGAAAGUGAGCUUUAUGACUAUAGUAAAUGUGAGAAAGCUUUCACUUUCAAGAACAUACUUGUUCAGCACCAGCAAAUUCACACUGGUAAAAAGAUAUGUGAGUGUAGUGAAUGUGAGAAAGCUUUCAGCAAAAAGUACAACCUUACUGUACACAAGCAAAUUCACACUGGAGAAAUGCCUUAUGAGAGCAGAGACUGUCAGAAAGCCUUUAUCCAUAAAUCUGAACUCAUUCAACACAGGCAACAUCACACUGGAGGAAUGCGUUAUGAAUGUGGUGAAUGUAAGAAAUCCUUUAGCUACAAAUCUAACCUUACUGAACACCAGAGAGUUCACACUGGUGAAAGGCCUUAUGAAUGUGGUGAAUGUGGGAAAUCCUUUAGACAAAGCUCUAGCCUCUUUCGACACCAAAGAGUUCACACUGGAGAAAGACCUUAUGAGUGCUGUGAAUGUGGGAAAUCCUUUAGGCAAAUCUUCAAUCUCAUUCGACACAGGAGAGUUCAUACUGGAGAAAUGCCUUAUCAGUGCAGUGAUUGUGAGAAAGCCUUUAGCUGCAAAUCUGAACUCAUUCAACACCAGAGAAUUCACAGUGGAGAAAAGCCUUUUGAGUGCAGUGAAUGUAGGAAAUCCUUUAGACAGUUCUCUAACCUCAUUCGACAUCGCAUGGUUCACACUGGUGAUAGGCCUUAUGAGUGCAGUGAAUGUGAGAAAACCUUUAGCCGUAAAUUUAUCCUCAUUCAACACCAAAGAGUUCACACUGGAGAAAGGCCUUAUGAAUGCAGUGAAUGUGGGAAAUCUUUUACCCGCAAAUCUGACCUCAUUCAACACCGGAGAAUUCAUACUGGCACAAGACCCUAUGAGUGUGGUGAAUGUGGCAAAUCAUUUAGACAACGGUCUGGCCUUAUUCAACACCGGAGAGUUCAUACUGGUGAAAAGCCUUAUGAGUGUAGUGAAUGUGGAAAAUCCUUUAGCCAAAGUGCUAGCCUCAUUCAGCACCAGAGAGUUCACACUGGAGAAAAGCCUUAUGAAUGCAGUGAAUGUGGGAAAUCGUUUAGCCAAAGUUCCAGUCUCAUUCAGCACCAGAGAAGUCACACUGGAGAAAGACCUUAUGAGUGCAAUGAGUGUGGAAAACCCUUUACCCACAAAUCUGACCUCAUUCAGCACCAACGAGUUCACAGUGGAGAAAGACCUUAUGAAUGCAGUGAAUGUAGGAAAUCCUUUAGCCGCAAAUCUAACCUUAUUCGACACCAGAGAGUUCACCCUGAAUAAAGACCUUAAAUGUGCAGGGAAGGUGCUAUUGCUCUGUUAAAUAUGACAGCACUGGAGGAGACUGUGUGGAAGCCAUGUAUCUACAUUUAAACUUCAUGAACAUCUUCAAUGAGGGAUUUUUCAUAAGUUUCAGGUAUGGAGGACAUUUUGAAGUGAUUAAUUACAGUUUUUUUUUAAUUCUAAAAGAGGAAAUUGUAAUUUCUUUUUUAUUUUUACUUUUUUUCUUUUAAGACAGAGUCUCAGGGUGGGUUCAGUGGCUCACGCCUGUAAUCCUAGUAUUUGGGAGGCCUAUUUGGUGGAUUGCCUGAGCUUACAGGUUUGAGACUAGCCCGAGCAAGAGCAAGAAUCUGUCUCUAAAAAUAUCCAGGCGUUGCUGCAGGCUUCUGUAGUCCCAAGUACUUGAGAGGCUGAGGCAAGAGAAUCACUUGAGCCCAAGAGUUUGAGGUUGCUGUGAGCUAUGAUGCCAGGGCACUCUACCAAGGGCAACAAAAUGAGACUAGGUCUCAAAAAAAUAAAAAGAAAAAAAGACAGAGUCUCACUGUCUUUCAGUAGAGUGCCAUGGCUCACAGCAACCUCAAACUCUUGGGCUUGAGAGAUCUUCUUGUCUCAGCCUCCCAAGUAGCUGGGACUACAGGUGCUCACCACAACGUCCCACUAUUUUUAGAGAUGGGAUCUCUCUCUUGCUUAGGUUGGUCUCAAACUCGUGAGCUCAAGUGAUCCACCUGUCUCUACCUCCCAGAGUGCUGGGAUUACAGGCCUGAGCCAGCACACCCGGCCCUGAAAUCACAAUUUCUUUAUUUCUUUUUUUUUUUGUAGAGACAGAGUUUCACUUUAUUGCCCUCGGUAGAGUGUUGUGGCAUCACACAGCUCACAGCAACCUCCAACUCCUGGGCUUAGGCGAUUCUCCUGCCUCAGCCUCCCGAGUAGCUGGGACUACAGGCACCUGCCACAACGCCCGGCUAUUUUUUUGUUGCAGUUUGGCCCGGGCUGGGUUUGAACCCGCCACCACCCUCGGCAUAUGGGGCCGGCGCCCUGCUCACUGAGACACAGGCGCCGCCCACAAUUUCUUUAUUUCUUUACUUUUUUGUUGUUGUUGUUGUUGAGACAGGGUCCCACCCUAUGCCCCUGAGCAGAGUGCGGUGGGCGUGGUAUCUCACCGCAACCUCAAACUCGGGCUGCGGGCACCCCGCUCCCUCAGCCUCCGGAAGCCCCUGGGAUUACAGGCUCUUGCUGUGGCGCCUGUCUGGGUUUUUCUAUUUUUUUUUCAUGAAUCGGGGUCUCACUGUCGCUCAGGCAAGUCACGAACUCCUGAGCUCAAGCAAUUCUCCCUCCUCAGCCUCCCACAGUGCUGCGAUUACAGGCGUGAGCCACCGCGCCCCGCUGAAAUCACAAUUUCUAAUGUUCCCCUCUGGCUAAACUGUUCAGCCAGUUUUUGAGGCUGAAACAAUUUUAUGUCUUCCACGUGUCAGGUCUACAUCAUGUGCUCAGAGAAGCAAACCUCUGCACUCUCCCAUUUGCUGGGGAAAAUUAUGAAUAGACCAGUCCCUUAGAAGGUUGUCUUUUGCUUUUCUCUGACUUUAGAGCAUGGACCUGACCCGGUUUUGAUCCAAAGCAUUUAAUCUUUGUGCUGUGAGCUUGGUAAGCAGAAUUACCUUUUCCAGGGACAUCUGUCUCAGAUCAUUCUUUUUUUUUUUUGAGACAGAGUCUGACUUUGUUGCCCCCAGUAGGUGCCAUGGCAUCAUAGCUCACAGCAACCUCAAAGUCUUGGGCUGAAGUGAUCUUUUUGCCUCAGCCUCUGAGUAGCUGGGACUAUAGGCACCCACCAUAAUGCCUGGCUAGUUUUUGAUAGACAGGGUCUUGCUCUUGCUCAGGCUGGUUUUGAACUCAUGAGCUCAAGCGAUCCAUUGUCUUGGCCUUCCAGAGUGCUGGGAUUAUAGGCAUGAGCUGCUUCAUUCUUGUCUCAAGUUUUUCCAGGUUCUAAGUCACCAUAAUGGAAACUGGUGCACAUUUCUGUGGCUUAUGAUUUUAUAAAGGUUUUUAAAAGUUACUUACCUGUUAUGUUUUGAACAUUGUAUGUGUGGGGGUUGUGUUCAUUGUAUGGCAUGACUGGUAAGCAGAAUAGUGAUGUGAGCAUUAGGGGGUGAACAGAUUUUGUAUUGAUCCCAAAUUUUCUGUGCUUUAGAAAGGACAACUUGAUGGCAGAAAACAGCUCUGUGUCCAGCAUUGGUCUAAUUUACAUUGCUGUCCAAGGAUAGAGACCAUUAAGUCUUUGUAUUCCUAUUUUAUGACCUGGUGCCAGGAUUUUUGUGAGAUCAGAAGUCAUUCUGAAAAGGAGACAGCUGUGACAGCAUCCACUGCUUCUGUGGACAUAAAUUUUGUUCACUUGUUCACAAGAGAUGUUAUAUCAUUCCUAGUAUUGUUGAGGGGUCCUCUUCCCCAGGUCCUGCAAAGGAGCUGUAUGCCAUGAGUAGAGGAGUGUAUGGGCUAGUGUCAUUUAUUGUCCGAGUACAAGUAUCAGGUGCAACUGUAACUGGUACCAAGACUCUGUGCUAAUAGAGAGUGAAGCAGACUCAGUAAACUAGAUGGAACGUGCCUCCUCUAAAAGUUCAUCCACUAAUGUUCCAGGGAGUGUGGCUGUGUGGAAUCUGUGUUGUACAGAAAUUCUCAGGAUCUCUGUAACUGUAUUUCCUGCAUCUGAAAUCAUUGUCAAAUUAAUGUAAAGCUUUUAUGGCCUUGUGUAUCCUCUGGACUGUUCACCUCAAAGCCAUUGCUGUUCAUGUAGGAAAUCAUGAAAUCAAGGAAUCAAGAAGAAAAGAGAAGGAUGAUUCUGUAGUCCAGGGAUGGGUUUGUGACUCAGCCAGCAUUCCUGUUGAGUGAAGUGGCAACAGCCUUCAUUACUUACCAUAUUUGCUGCCAGUGUGAUAAGGUUGCCUCUUCCAGGACAUUAAGAGAGAGAUGGUAGAGUCCACAUGCGGUCACCAACCUGACUUUUCAUAAAAAGAGGGACAUUUAGGCUCUUAAUUUGGAAUCACUUUUUAAACUUUAAUGAAAGAUAUAAUUUGUAUAAUUGAUAUGCAACUAAGUGUACUUAUCCAACCAUUACAAUUUUAUAAAGCCAUGAAUCCACCUGGCCUGGUUGCUCUUACCUGUAAUCCUAGCUCUCUGGGAGCCCAAGGCGGGUGGAUUUACUGAGCUCUAGUUCGUAGACCAGCCUGAGCAAGAGCAAGACUCUGUCUCUAAAAAUAGCUGCACAUUUUCAGUGGGUACCUGUAGUUCCAGCUAUGGGGAGACUAAGGCAAGAGGAUCAUUUGAACCCAGGAGUUUGAGUUUGCUGUGAGUUAUUAUGCCAUUAGCACUCUACCUGGAGCUACAGAGUGAGACUGUUUCAAAAAAAUAAUAAAAAAACCCGUGAAUCCAUCAUUCUAAUCAUGAAAAUUAACAAAUUUAAUUUUUCAUCCAUAUAUAUAUUUGGACUCUUUUAUAAUCUCUCUCCCUGCUUUCCCUAGCUCUCUAGGCAUCACUGAUGUCUUUUACAAAGUCAAUUAACUUGCAUUUUUUUAGAAUUUUAACUCAUUGUGUAUACUUUUUAAAUUUUUAUUUAUUUAUUGAGACAGAGUCUCACUAUGUCACCCCAGUAGAGUGCUGUAGCAUCACAGCUCACAGCAACCUCAAACUCUUGGGCUUAAGCGAUUCUCAUGCCUCAGCCUCCCAAGUAGCUGGGACUACAGGCACCCACCACAAAGCCUGGCUAUUUUGUUGUUGUUGUUGUUGUAAUUGUCGUUGUUUGGCAGGCUUGGACUGGGUUUGAACCUGCCAGCCUGUAUGUGGCUGGUGCCCUAGCUGCUGAGCUAUAGGCGCUGAGCCUGUAUACUUUUUUUAAAAACUGGUUUCCUGGGUGGUGCCUGUGGCUCAGUGAGUAGGGCACCGGCCCUAUAUACUGAGGGUGGUGGGUUCAAACCCGGCCCCGGCCAAACUGCAACAACAACAACAAAAAAUAGCUGGGUGUUGUGGCGGGCACCUGUAGUCCCAGCUACUGGGGAGGCUGAGGCAAGAGAAUCGCCGAAGCCCAAGAGCUGGAGUUUGCUGUGAGCUAUAACGCAACAGCACUUUACCGAGGGUGACAAAGUGAGACUCUGUCUCUAAAAAAAAAAAACUGGUUUCCUUACUGCCUUUUUUUUUUUUUUUUUUUGUCAGAGUCUCACUUUCUUGCCCCCAGUAGGUAAGGUGGUGUCAUAGCUGACAGCCUCAAACUCUUGGGCUCAAGCAGUCCUCUUGCCUCAGCCUUCCAAGUAGCUGGGACUACAGGCACCCACCACAAUGCCCAGCUAUUUUUUGGAGACAGGGUUUCACUCUUGCUCAAGGUGGUCUUGAACUCCUGAGCUCAAGUGAUCCACCUGUUUCGGCCUCCCGAGUGCUGGAAUUACACAUGUGAGCUGUUGCGUCCUAACUUCUUCCUACUUUAUAAUUAUUUUAAGAUGAGAUUCAAGAAUGAUGUUUAUUUGAAUAAUUCUUUUUUUUUUUGUAGAGACAGAGUCUCACUUUAUGGCCCUCAGUAGAGUGCCGUGGCCUCACACAGCUCACUGCAACCUCCAACUCCUGGGCUUAAGCGAUUCUCUUGCCUCAGCCUCCCGAGUAGCUGGGACUACAGGCGCCCACCACAACCAGCUAUUCUUUUGGUUGCAGUUUGGCCGGGGCCGGGUUUGAACCCACCACCCUUGGUAUAUGGGGCCGGCGCCUUACCAACUGAGCCACAGGCGCCGCCCUGAAUAAUCUUUUUAUUGCUGAGUAGCAUUCUAUUCUGUGGAUAAGCUAAUGUUCAUGUAUUUAUCUGUUUAGGGACAUUUAGGGACAUUUUAGAUUUUGUAAUAUAACAAAUAACGCUGCUAUAAUAUAGUAGAACCUCUGUAAGUUGACUACUCAAGGAACUGUAACAAACCUGCCUACAUAUGGGGGUGGUCAAUGUAAGGAACUAAGCCUGCUGUACUGAUGUGUAUAUGUAGUGCAUGUCUGGUCUAUGCAAAUUAGGUCAGCUUAAAGAUGGGGUCACUAUGGGGGGAUGGUCAGCUGUGGAGGUUCUGCUGUAUUGGCAUUCAAUGAAUGAUUAAUAUUUUAAGAAUUUCCAAAUUUUAGUCAGGUGCAGUGCCUCUUGCCUGUAAUCCUAGAACUCUGGGAGGCCAAAGGGGAUGGUUUGCCUGACCUCAGGAGUUUGAGACCAGCAAGAGUGAGAUCCCAUCUCCACCAAAAAUAUAGAAAAACUAGCUGGGCAUUGUGGCGGGUACAUGUACUGUAGUCUCAGCUACUCUGAAGGCUAAGGAAAGCGGGUCACUUGAGCCCAAGAAUUUGAAGUUUCUGUGAGCCAUGAUGCCAUAGCACUCCAUCCUGGUUGACAUGGUGAGAAUCUUGUCUUUUUUUUUUUUUUUUUUUUUUUUUGAGACAGAGCCUCAAGCUGUCACCCUGGGUAGGUGCCAUGCAUCACAGCUCACAGCAACCUCCAACUCCUGGACUUAAGCAAUUCUCUUGCCUCAGCCUCCCAAGUAGCUGGGAUUACAGGCACCCACCACAACGCCCGGCUAUUUUUUGUUUGCAGUUGUCAUUGCUGUUUGGCAGGCCCAGGCUGGAUUCGAACCCACCAGCUCUGGUGUAUGUGGCUGGUGCCUUAGCCGCUUGAGCUACAGGUGCCGAGCCAAGAAUCUGUCUUUAAAAAAAAAAAGUCACACACACUGACAAACAAAAAAGAAUUUCCAAAUUUUAAUCUCAAGUUUUCUGUUACAUAUGUGAGAAUUUCAGUUCCUCUACAUUCCUGGCAACAUUUCAUUUGCCAAAUGAUGUUUUUAAUAGCCCUCUUCAUAUUUGUGUGGUGGUGUCUCACUGGUUUUCAUUGCAUUUCCCUAAAACUUCAUGGUGUUGAGCGUUUUUUUAAUGUGUUUAUCUGCCCCCUGUAUACCUUCUUUGGCAAAAUGUUCAUAUCUUUUUCCUAUUUUCUUUUGAUGAGUUUAUUAUUUUAACAAAUAAACAGUACAACAAUAAAGACAUAUGUUAGAAUUUUACUCAUUGUUCUGUGAUGUAACUUAUUUUUCUUUUUAAAUUUCAGAUUAAUAUGAUGGUACAAACAAUUAGGUUACAAAGCUUGCAUUUGUUAAGUAAGGUCCCUGUUAUAGUUGUGUCCCUCACCCAGGAAGUGUGCCAUAUACCCAUUAGGUGGGAGCACACCAAUUCCCCUUCCUUUUUCCCUCUUCCUGCUUCCUCUUCUGUCCUCCCCCAACUUGAAUUAAAAUCAGUCUUUCUUUUGUGUGGGCAUGUAUUCAUUCAUCUACUGGCUUCACAUUAGUAUUAUUUAUAUUGGGUACAGAGUCUCACUCUGUCACCUUGGGUAGAGUGCCAUGGCAUUAUCA